GACCGAUUGUCAUGGGGGAGGCCGGGAGAGAAGAGUAUAAAAUCCAGUCUUUUGACGCAGAGACCCAGCAGCUGCUGAAGACAGCGCUCAAAGAUCCAGGUGCGGUGGACUUGGAGAAAGUGGCCAAUGUGAUCGUGGAUCACUCUCUGCAGGACUGUGUGUUCAGCAAGGAAGCAGGCCGCAUGUGCUACGCCAUCAUCCAGGCAGAGAGUAAACAAGCAGGCCAGAGUGUCUUCCGCCGUGGACUCCUCAACCGGCUGCAGCAGGAGUACCAGGCCCGGGAGCAGCUGCGAGCGCGCUCCCUACAGGGCUGGGUCUGCUAUGUCACCUUUAUCUGCAACAUCUUUGACUACCUGAGGGUGAGCAACAUGCCUAUGAUGGCCCUCGUGAACCCUGUGUAUGACUGCCUCUUCCGGCUAGCCCAGCCCGACAGUCUGAGCAACGAGGAGGAGGUAGACUGCUUGGUUCUGCAGCUGCACCGGGUCGGGGAGCAGCUGGAGAAGAUGAACGGGCAGCGCAUGGAUGACCUCUUUUUCUUGAUCCGGGAUGGCUUCCUCCUCCAAACCAGUCUCAGCUCCCUGUCCCAUCUGCUGCUGCUGGAGAUCAUUGAGUUCCGGGCAGCUGGCUGGAAGACCACACCUGCUGCCCACAAGUAUUACUACAGUGAGGUGACUGACUAGGCUUGGCCACGCACUGGCCAUUCUGUAAUUCUAAUCCACAGUUGGUAACAGAGUGCCUGCCUCUCCAUGGUCCCUUCUCAACCAUCCCUCCUCCCUACUUAACCGGUGGUCCUGCCUCCUUUCCUUCCUCCACUAAGGACCUGGAAGACACCAUGCAGUCCUGCUGCACUGCUCCUUCCCAAUAGCCGCUUCCUCCCGCUUUCCACGUGGGUCAGGUGAGAAGGGCAACUCCCACCCAGAGCCAUGUAGCCACUGGUACAACACUACCACGGUGCCUCAGUUUUCCCAUCUACAAAAUGGGUUACCACAGCCAUAGGGUACUUUAGGACAUCGAGAAGCAGCGACCAAACACAAGUCAGGAUAGAAACUGCAUUUGAUAUACUUUUGUACAAUGACUGCGGUGGAGACAAGCCCCAGCCAGUCAGCUGUAAUGAAAUGGCCACUCAUCAGGUCAGGCCGAGCAUUUUCUAAUAAAUCUUUUCUCAUA